AUGAAGGCCUUGGACAAGCAAGGCGUCCCUACUCCAUUCAUUAAGAUACUUUUUGAGUUCUAUAGCAACUUCACGACCAAAAUUUCCCCGUUAAAUAAUGUUUUCACAAUCGACAUGAAGAGACGGCAUCUUCCUCCCGUUGACGACAUUAAUCAGGCGGAACGAAUGCUGGUCGAAUUUGAUGAAACGUGUAAAGAGAUCGGUCGGGAAAUUAACAAUGGUGAACGACCUGACCUCCGAGGCGGGCAGGAGGAAACUUGGGCUUUGGCAGCAACAGCAUCGAUGAUGCAAUGA